AUGAAAUCUUCGAAGGCUGGAGCCAUCCCUUCAUCUCUAGGGCACUUGAUUGAGCUUGAAUCGUUAGAUCUGUAUGACAAUAAGCUUUCUGGUACAAUCCCUCAACAGCUAGUCAACCUCACGUUUCUUGCAUACUUGAACUUUUCACAAAACCAACUGACAGGACUUAUCCCUUCAUCCUUAGGGAAGCUGUCUGACCUUGAAUUGUUAGAUCUCUUUAGUUAUAAGCUUUCUGGAGAAAUCCCUCAGCAGUUAAUCAAUCUCACAUUUCUUGAAUACUUGAACUUCUCUAAAGACCAACUAAUGGGACCAAUCCCACUAGGUAGUCAAUUUGGAAUAUUUUCAAAUUCUUAUUUUGAGGGAAACAGGGGAUUAUCUAAUUUUCCAUUGUCAAGAAAUUGCAGAACAAUAUUACCAACUCCUUACUAUGAAGAGAUGUCAGAUUCAGAAUCAUCUGGAUUUAUUUGGAAAUUUGUAGUGAUGGGAUAUGGAUUUGGAUUGAUAAUUGGAUUAAUGAUGGGACGCUAA